AUGUUUCCUGCUGAACAAGAACAUGCCUUGCCGGCUAUUCCAAGUGUGGCAUGUCGCUUUGGCACCGUGCAGCGAAAGGUCCUUAAUUUUCUUCAGGCAAUAUUUGCUUUGGCAUAUUCUCCUCCUAAUCGAUCGAACACUCGUCUAUUGCAAGCCAUGGAUCAAGCAGAGCUUGCGCGAGUUUUUCAAAUGUUUGAUCGAAACGGGGAUGGGCGAAUCACACGGAAGGAGCUGAGUGACUCGUUGAAAAACCUGGGAAUCACGAUCUCGGAGCAAGACUUGACCCAAAUGAUCGAGAAAAUCGACGUAAACGGAGACGGGUACGUGGACAUAGACGAGUUCGGGGAGUUGUACCAAACGAUAAUGGACGAGAAAGAUGAGGAGGGGGAUAUGAGGGAAGCAUUCAACGUGUUCGACCAAAAUGGAGAUGGGUUCAUCACGGGAGAAGAAUUGAGCGCGGUGUUGUGCUCUUUAGGGCUAAAGCAUGGCAAAACCAUAGAUUAUUGCAUGAGCAUGAUCAAGAAAGUGGACGUGGAUGGCGAUGGAAUGGUUAACUUCCAAGAGUUUAAGCAAAUGAUGAAGGAGGGAGGUUUUGUCUCACCUUAUUUAAUUUGA